AUGGGACUCAACUGCCACGUAAUGUCCAAACCAAGAAAAUUCCAGAAAAGCAUCGAAUGCGAGAUCCUCAUCAAUGAAGUGGAAAAACUGUCACAGAAAGGUGAAGUUACCAUCGAGCCGUCCUUCAGACAAGAAAUCGUCGCGGAAUCCAGCAAAACUAGAGGAAACUUUAACAGCACCAUCAUUGAGCCAAGACACAUGGAAGCAGCGAAACAACUUAAAGCAGACCCAUAUAUUACGAUAAGACGUGCAGACAAAGCUUCCACUUACGCCGUCAUCGACACCCCCGAGUACUUGCAGAAAAUGGAUGAAAUUCUAAGCGAUACUAGUAAAUUCAUGAAGAUCACCAAGGAUCCCACAGAAGUCCUGAAGACAAAACUCAACAGGAUAAUAAUGAAGAAUAACUCCACCAGCAAAACCGUCAAGUUUGAGAAGUAUACAGCAUGGGAUACUAUCCCAACGCCUACCUACAAGCUAGCCAAGAGAUUGUGUACUCUCCUAUCCCCAUACAUACCUACUACGUACUCACUACGAUCAGCAACAGAAUUCCUCGACAUCCUCAAGACCAGCGACAGCAGCGGCGUUAUCGCAUCGCUAGACGUCGAGUCAUUAUUCACAAACGUACCAGUUGAUCGUACCAUCGACCUAAUCAUUGAACGCGUCUACCACAACGACACCACCCCCGACCUCGACGUCCAAGAAUCCGUGCUGCGCGAGCUACUGGAAUGCUGCACUAAGGAAGCGCCAUUCACCUGUCCCCGAGGAAACAAAUACCGCCAGAUUGAUGGAGUCGCCAUGGGUUCACCACUCGGAGUAUUACUGGCCAACUUUUUUAUGGGGUGUAUAGAAGAAGUCUUCAAGAAAACACAAAAACCAGACAUAUACUGCAGAUACAUCGACGAUAUAUUCAUCAAAACGAAGAACCAAGCCGACACAGAAAUAAUAAGACAACGCCUUCAGCAAGUUUCUGGGCUCAGCUUCACUAUAGAAAACAACACCAACGGCACCAUGCCUUUCCUCGACAUCCUCGUGAAGCAAACGGACGAGUCCUUUAAUACAGAAGAAUAUGUCAAAGCAACGAACCCAGGACAUUGCUUAAACGGAAGAAGUGAAUGCCCACAAAGAUACAAGGACUCUACCAUCGGCGCCUACAUACGAAGAGCACUUACACACUGCAGUACCUGGCAGCAAGUACACCAAGAAAUAGAAAGAUCAACACAGGUACUAGUAAACAACGGCCUCAGACAAAAAGACAUAGAGAAACAAACCAAGAGAAUCUUCGAACGUUGGUACAGCAACAACAAUAACAACAACAACAACAGCGAAAAUAAAGACAUAGUCAUCUUCUAUCGAGCGUUCUACUCCACAGCACACCAAGAGGACGAGAGAAUAAUAACAAGAAUAAUCAAGAACAACGUAAGGCCAACGGAUCCUGAAAGAAUGUUAGCACAUAGUGUAGGGAACCAUUGUAACUGUAGAUCAGAACCUUCUAGAAGCAUAAGUGGAAAUUUCCUAUUCUGA